UGUAACUUUUUGAUCUGCUCUGAAUGUUUUGGUCUUGGCAUUCGUACGUCACAUCGUGGAUAGCAAUAUUUUUCUUCCAAAUACUAUUCGUAUUAAAAUUAUGGUUGUAAAAAUUAAAUCCAACUAUUAAUGAUGUACUUAUUAUCAACUCGAAAAUAAUUUAUUUUUGAAAUUUCAAUCACAGCAAACUCUGUAAUGAGACUAUUAUGUACAUUCGUGUAUUAUUACGUAAAUUAACUGAACUUCAUUAAAUGUUUGCAGUUGAAUACAAGAAUGAAAAAGCAAUGGAUGUCUCUAGCGAUGAAGAACCAUAUGAUAGUGAUUUGAUCGAUAGUGAUGUUGAAGCUGAAUUAUACAGUGUUAUACAUCAUGAAACAGAUAAUUCUACUCUAAAUUUUGAAAAUUCCUACCACUCUUUAAAUUCUUCAAACAAGGAGAAUGCUUCCACAAUUUUAGAUUAUAAGGAAUUUAGUACUAUUGCUAAUGUUAGUUUUGAAUCUAACCAGAAUAUGUUAAAGAACAACAAUAGUAUUACUUCAUCUAAUGUUCAAGUAAUUGAGAUAACUGAUAAAUUGGCUGAUGAUAAAAUUAAUAAAAAUACUUAUUUAAAUUCUUUAGCGGAUUUUUCCUUUAAACGAAAAUCCGAUUCAGCGUUUGAUGAUACUCAAGCUUCUAAAAAGCAAAAAAACAAUGAAGAGAAUACUUCUAAAAGUCAAAACUUAAUUAAUUUAAAGUCUAAUGAAACUGUUGUUUUGAACUCUAGUGAUAUUUCAAGUGAGGAAGAUGAUGAUAAUGAUAUUAUAUGUUUAGGACCAUUAAAUAGUCAGAAACACUUUGAAACAAAUGUAUCUGAAAUUAUUAUAACAGAUUCUGAUUCUAACAGUGCUGAUAGCUGGUGUUUCAAAUCUCCUAAAUUCAACACAUCUAUUCCAAGUGGGACUAGAACCAAAGAUCAAUGGUUUGUAAAUGCUAAUGAUAUAUAUCGUUCACGUCGAAGUUCUAGCCGUUAUCAUGAGUCUCAAUUUAUGACUUGUUCUCGUUGCAAUCAGAAAGGUCAUUCUUUUAAAUUUUGCUCAUUUUCUAAAGGUAUGAGAUGUUUUAUAUGUGGUAGUGGCCGCCAUAGCUCCUUUGGAUGCAAAAGCAAAGUUUGUGCGAAAUGCUUUGGAAUUGGUCAUGAUAUCAGGGAGUGUCCAAGAGAGCUUGACUUUUGUGAGAUGUGCCAAAUGCCGGGCCAUCGGCGAGAAAUCUGUCCAGAUUUAUGGAGAAGAUUUCAAAGAACUACUCCAAAGAAAUCGAAAAAAAUUUGGAGACUAUCCCAAGAUAGACCUUUCUUCUGCUAUAACUGUGGUUUACCUGGACAUUUUGGUGCUUUGUGUAAGGGUCGUCGGAUGAAUACACUUGCAUUUCCAACUUGGCCAUUUGUUUUAAACUACAAAGAGCAAAAUCAAAGCCAAGUAAAUCCUGUCAUAAAUGUUUCAAAUGAAAAAUCUAUCAUGGCUACCCAACAACAUUUUCCCAAGGGAAAAAAUAAAAAGAUGAAAGUGAAGAAAACUCUGCCUGAUCUGGGUAAUAUACAGCAAAUUACAUUCCCUAGGACUCCAAAAAAUAGUCAAGGAAAGCCUCAAAAUGAGACAAUUGUGUUGAGAAAGACUCAAAAUCAAGAGAAAAACUCCUAAAACUGGAAGCUAGAAGACAGGAAGCUAGAAAAGCAAAAAGAUUGAGAAAAAAACAAAGAAAAGCUAUGGUACUUCAAAGAUCAAUAGAAGCAAAUAAGAUAAACUUUCAAGUAAAUUAAAAUUUUUAUGAAACUUUUGUAAACUAUUAUUUUAAUUAAUGUUUAACAAACUUUCCAUUUAAAUUUUACGAUUUUUCAAUUUCGCUGCUGAAAGUAGACCAUGUUGGUUUAAUGUUUUUGCUAAACAAAUUAAAAUAUAUUGAAUACACA